AAAUUCCCUCACACACCAUCCUGGAUUCAACUAUUUUAUCACAACAGCUAUCUUUCACCUUCCACUACCGAUUCGAUCAAACAAAAUUCUGAACAAGAAAACUCCUCGACAGCAAUGAAUCCUGAAACCUCCAAUAACCAAACAAAUUCCACAAAAAGACCAUUUGCAGAAAUAGACAAACCAGCAACAAUAAAUUGCAUGGUUGUAGCCAUUGAUCACAACAACCUUUACUACACAGUCUGCUCAGUUUGUGAAAAAACUCUCCCUGACCCUUCUCCCAAUUCUUCAGUUCCCUUUUGCAAAUACUGCAACUUUAACAAUAAUGGCUUCUUCAACCCUGCUCCUUCCGGUUCCAAACGCCUCUUUCGUGUCCUUAUGUCUAUUGCUACAGACAAAAAGGUGGUUGUGGUGAUAAUGUUUGAUAGAGCGGCUAGGGUUUUGUUUGGUUGUUCUGCUGAUGAAUUCUUUGAUUUUGCCAAGACUCAUCCUUUUGCUGCUGCAGCUGCAGGUAGAGCUUUGGAAGGAGAAAUGUUGAAAGUCACCUUGUCCCAACCAAAGAAUGGGAAUGCACGGCAUCUAAGAGUGGUAUCAGUUUUGCCAUUGCGGACAGGUUUUCAGCCUGUGAUUGAGACCUUGAGGGAAUUAUAUCGAGCACAAGGUGGUUCGUAGCUAUUGUAUUCAGGUGUUUGUGUAUGAAAUUUUUCUUGAGCAGUCUUAAUGCUUGUGUACAGAUGAAUGCAUCUUUUGUUAAGCAUUAGCUUUCUCCUUUAACCACAUGUUUGAGCUUGGCAGAUCAUGGGCCACGUCUCUUCAGUAAAUAUACGCUUUAAAUGAAUGUGAAGUCAAUCUUGAGAGCAGCCCAAAAUUUGUUUAGCGAGCCAUCUAACUGCCCCUUGCUAUAUGUGCUAUUCAAUUAUUCAAAGAGAGGAUAUCUGGAUUAAAAAAUAACAAUCUUGAUGUAACUAAACUGGUUUAACCGAUAGGAAAUGCAGGCGAUAAGUAUAUUGUCUUUCAAGAUAGGGAAUUUUCUUUAAGUUGGGUAUAAUGUCGAUAAACGUCUGUAUCUGAGCCUGACAGAUAGGGCCCUGGAUCAGCCAUGUAUUCAUCUUGGUCGUAAUUUAAUUUAAAAA